AUGGCUGAAAGCGGGCAAACGCCAGGAGUCUGCGUGAUUGAAGCAAACCCAGAUGUGACUGGGACUGGAAUCCGCGCUUCAAUUUACGCUCUUUGCUUGGCUUCCGGCAUACUCAAGACCGUUAUCCAACGGAUCACCUCCGAGAAGAAUUACACCGAGUUUUGCCAGUCUAUCAACUCAGCGCUGCAACUUCAGGGUCUGGCCUUGCUUUGUACCGCCGUGUACCAGACUUUCAAAGGGCAAUUGACACUGUUCCACGCCAUCUGCGUGCUGCAUCUUCUCUCGCUGCUAGGUUUCGGCCUCGUCGCGCAGCGGCAGUAUCAAGGCGGUGGGGUGAAUCGAUGGCUUGUUAUGGCAGCGCUUCGGGUCAUCAUUGCCUGCGCCUUCACCGCACUCACCGCAUACAUCUGGGUAACCGCGCCGACAUUCGGGAGCCAGCCAGACUGCAAUGCGUCGACUUUCUACGUCGUCUUCGGCGUGAGUCUCCACGCCACCAACGACGUCUUCCGCUACGUGAUCCUGGCGUUAAUGGCAUCUAUGGCCGUUGGCUGGGUUCUCAGCAUGGUAAUCUACGUCUUCAUAGCUCACUGUUGCUGCGGAGGCGUAAGGUCGGGCAUGAAGUGGGCGAGGCAGGUGAACCCAGAUGUCGAGACUCUGAAGAACGUCGUCGCCCGGAUCAAGGUCUCGGACCCAAAAUACAAACGAAACCUCGUAUCCGGACAGGUGGUGCAGCUCCUUAUCCAAACUGGCAUCAAUGUCUACAUGAUUGUCACGUUGGAGCAGAUUGUCAAACGUAACCAUCUCUCGGAAGAGGAGAAGGAAUGGACAUUUGGGCAGGUCCUGGCCGUUUUUGUGCUGCUUGGGGUCGUGGUUGAGGUGAUCAACAUUUUGCUUCCUAAGCUAGAUGGCGAUGUUGGGGAGGUGCCGGCACAGGACGAGAAUGAACUGCGUCCGCAAUGGAAUGCAGGCAGCAGGCUGCUCUAG